GCACAAUACAUGCGUCUAAUCAUUUCCCCUUUGACGUCCGUUCAGAUCACUGUAUUGUUACGUUCAGACAUCUUAUUACAGGCUAAGAAAAUGUUUUCAAUCAGACAUUCUGGUCGAGUUUUACACAAACUUGGUUCGAGGAAUUUCAAUACUUCGCUUCGAAGUCAAGGUCAACAUAGUUACCAAUUUGUUGUGGUCGGAGGAGGAGCGGGGGGCCUUGCUAUGGCUUCUACGCUCAACCGUAAGUUUCCUAAAUGUACUGCUAUCAUUGAACCAUCUGAGAAUCAUUAUUAUCAGCCACUUUGGACAUUGGUUGGAGGUGGAGUUGAACGUCUUGAGAGCUCUAUGCGGCCUACUGAAAGCCUCAUUCCUGGAGGCUGCACAUGGCAUAAAACUCGAGUCGUGGAAUUCAAUCCAGAUCAAAAUCUUGUACUAACAUCUAAUGGAGAUGAGAUUAAGUAUGAAUUUCUGAUUGUUGCGGCAGGUCUUCAGCUUAGAUUUGACAAGGUUGCUGGUCUAAAAGAAGCCUUAGGAACCCCUGGUGUGGGUUGUAAUUAUUCUGCCAACACAGUGACAGACACAUGGAAAGAGAUACAGAACUUUGAGGGAGGAAAUGCCAUCUUCACUGUCCCCAACACACCUAUAAAGUGUCUGGGUGCCCCACAAAAGAUCAUGUACCUUGCAGAAGAUUACUUUCGAAAGAACAAUGUUCGUCACAAAGCCAACAUUAUGUUCAACACCUCAUUGGAGAAAAUUUUUGGUGUGAAGAAGUAUGCAGAUGCCUUGACAAAAAUUGUGAAGAAGAGAGACAUAAAAUUAAAUUUCAAGCGAAACUUGAUUUCAAUCAAUCCAGAGAAAAAAGAAGCUGUGUUUGAAGUUCCAGAUGAUGCAGACAGUGAAAAAAAGUUGCUAGAAACCUAUCAGUAUAAUUUCAUUCAUGUCACUCCUCCCAUGGGACCCCCAGAUUGCCUUCUAGGAAGUCCCAUCUCUGAUCAGGCUGGCUUUGUUGAUGUGGAUAAGGUCACCAUGAGACAUAAAAAAUAUAACAACAUCUUUGCUAUUGGUGACUGCUCUAAUUCCCCCAAUGGCAAAACGGCUGCCGCUGUGGCUGGCCAGUCUGGUGUUAUUAAAGCAAACCUUUUUGCAAUGUUGGAUGGGAAACCCAUGCCAGCUCAGUAUGAUGGCUACACAUCAUGUCCCCUUGUCACAAGCUAUGGUAAACUUAUCCUUGCUGAAUUUGACUUCAAUGGUGAGCCUCUGGAAACAUUUCCAUUUGAUCAGGGAAAAGAGCGAUACUCAAUGUACUACAUGAAAAAAGACAUACUGCCAGAAGUCUACUGGAAUGGAUUAGUCAAGGGUCUUUGGCCUGGUGUUACCCCAGUGAGAAGGACCCUUCACUUAGGGCUUAAAAAAUAGUAUUUUGUAGCACAUAUGUCAUGGAACUACACUUAACCUUAAUCUCAGACGUAUGACAAGUUCCUUGUGAGGUCUGAUAGCAAUGAAAAUGAAAAUGCCUAGUACAUAGAGUUGUCUCAGUCUAGCACAACAGCUAAAAAUUAUCGUAAUGCAUCUGCAAUAUAAAAGGACAAUCAAUUUUCUCUAAAGACCUUUCUCAGUUAAGGAUUAAAUUUUAAUUAGUUAGAGUGGCACAGAUUAAUUAUAACUAAUUGAUAUUGAGCUCUCUAAAAUAAUUUUGGUGUUUUUUUCUUCCAUUAUUUUAUUGUGCAAAAGACCAAGUUGUGGUUGAUAGAUAUUUAAGUAUAAAAAAUGAUUCAACUCAUGUAGUGAGCCUAAAUUUAGAGACUUUCUUGAUUUUUUCGUAAUCGUACUUAAGUUAACUAUCUAUUGUUUGAAAAUCCUGCCAGUGUCUAUGAGAAUAAAAAGGUUAAAUGGUCAGCAAGAAUGCUUAAUUAUUUAACAGUAGCUAGCACAAAAUAAUUUGUAUGGUACUGCACAUGACAUAUGUCAUGUUAUAAUUUAUAAUUAAUUAUUUAUAAUCACAAAUGAUAAUUGUUAUAAUUUAAAACAAAUCAAGAUGUACAAUUUAAAUUCACAUGACGUGAUUUUAUGAUGUGUAGAUCAAAGAGCAAAUAAUUUUGUAAGCAUACCACUUGAGAAUUAAAAAAAAAGUC